UGCGUAAUUGAAGUAUGGCGGACUCAUCAAGAUUUUCGUCAGCCAUGAAAGAUGCAGAAAUUGAAGAUCAGGAGCCAGAAGAGAGUGGUUGGACUUCAUAUUUUGAAGAUUUUGAAAUGAUGAACCAAAGAGAUGAUCAGAAAGAGAAAAUCGGUAACAGUUAUAGUAACAAUUCAAAUCGAUCGAUUGUAUCAGGUGAUGUAUCCAGCGCCGCCGCUGCAUGGAAGAUAAUAACCGCCGGAACCAGUCAAACUCCGCCGCCCAAGAAACUGAAUCUCAGAAAAAAGACAAGAACUGAAAAAGUUUCUGAUUUUGAUGAUUCUUUGGAAGAUACCGCCACUUCUCCUGUUAGUAGUCCCAAGAUGGGUAGCUUGAUGAAGACAAAGAUGAAAGCUAGAGGCAGUAGAUAUCAUGAUAACACAGGAAGCCCACUGGGUAAAGAAGAGGCAGGCAACAAAGAAGGGAAUGAAAAGAAAUAUGGAUGUAUCUCAAAUAUUGAUAAUGAUGAAUAUGAAGAUCUUCAAAAGAGAGGAUUAUGUUUGGUUCCAUUCUCAAUGUUUUCCAAUUACAUAGGUUAA